AUGGCUUCAGAUCAAGUCUCCAUACUGAGCUGCCCCCUGUGCGGCAAGGCUUUUGAGAGAUCAUCGACUCUGAAAAGACACGGCUAUUACUGUCGAACUCGAAACGGCGUUCAACCCCCUCGUGCGCGGGCCUGCGUGUCCUGUGUGAGCACGAAAACGAGAUGCGACAACGCAAGGCCUGCUUGCUCGAGAUGCAGCACCAAAGGCCUCCAUUGUCGGUAUCCUGCGAGAGCAAUCCGCGCCGCUGAGAUGAAUCGCACUCGCAUGCCGUCGACAACUGAACAACAACAGCCUGCGCCUGCGUUUGAUCCCAUGCCCUCCUCCAUCGCCCAGGCCAGCGCUCUUCUCGACUUGGCCAGCGAUAUCGACGGCGUCGCGUACGGCCCCGCGUUGUCAUCAUGGCCGCCUCAGGAAACACUUGGAUUUGAUCCGUGCUUUGGCGCCUGGGAUGAUACCGAUUGGCAAUUUCUUCUAUCCUCGCCGGCGGUCGCCAAUACCGGGUUGUACUCUUCGUCAUUCUCGCAAACCACGGGGGCAGACAGCGAGACCCCAUCAUCCUCGUCUGACAACCGGCUCGACCCCCAGGGCGUGACCACCGCUGAGUCCCAGAUACCGAGACUGCCGACCUACGACAUGCCGUCCAUUCUCCGCCGCCAGCACGCCGACGCGGGCACGGAGCGCGUCUCGCAGAUCAUACUGCAGACGCUCAAGUCCUAUCCGCUGAUGAUGAUUCGCCAGAAGUCCCCUCCGCCGUUUCUCCAUCCCUCCCUGCUCGCAGCCAGCACGCCCGACGAGACAGCCGACAGCCUUGAGCCGUGGCACAACUGCAUGAACCUAGUGUACAUGGCCAAUAGUAAAAUCAAGGGCAGUCGCAGAUUGUUCUGGAGAAACGUCCAGGCCGAGUGUGAGCGCUUUUGCCAACGCUAUUUCGAGCUCGACAGGUGGGAGCUCCUUGCCACGAUGCAGGCAUUGGCUAUAUAUGUCAUAAUGAGAAUAGACGAAACAACAGAAGAGAGCCAGCAAGACGCCGAGAUUGACGGGCUGCUGCUCAGAGCUGUCACGGCCGUCGCUAUUCAGUUCUUGGCCGUUGAUUUUAGGUCCAGCUCGUGCUCGACGCCCCAUACUGCCUGGAAAAACUGGAUUCUGGAAGAGUCAGGACGACGACUCUGUGUCUUGUUCAAAGUCAUCAGCAUGCUCGUGUCGUUCGAGCCGGCCAAGAUGUGUAAAGCCGUAGGCGACGUCAUCCUGGCUCCUCUGCCCGCCCAGAAGCAGCUGUGGGAAGCACCAGACUACAAAGUCUGGAAGCGCGACGGCGAGACGGAGUCGGGCGCGCAGAUGGAAUUUGGGUUGACCAAGAACGGCCAACUGGUCAGGCUCGGCGGAGACGCUGCGGCGACAGCAGCGAUUACACGCGGCGACGACAUCACCAUCGAGUGGAACGAGUGGUGUUCGGGCAUGGAUGGCAUUGGUAAUCUCGUUAUGCUUGCUGCGUCUAUGAUGCAGCAAUUCUAG